GGUUUAACUUCCGUGUUGCCCGUCUUUAACUUCCUGAUCGCAGUUUUUCCUGUCCAGCUGCACCGUGGUUUCUUGUGCUUGGCCGCCUUAAUUUAUUGGAAGAUGAAUACGGUUUUAUCGAGAGCAAAUUCUCUCUUUGCCUUUUCACUCAGUGUGAUGGCGGCCCUCACUUUUGGCUGCUUUAUCACCACGGCGUUCAAGGACAGAAGCGUCCCGGUGGACAUUAGUGUUUCCAGAGUGAUGCUAAAAAAUGUGGAUGAUUUCACUGGACCGAGGGAAAGAAGCGACCUGGGUUUCGUCACCUUUGACAUUUCAGCUGAUCUGCAGCCAAUUUUCGACUGGAAUGUCAAGCAGCUUUUCCUCUACUUGUCUGCAGAGUACUCGACCAAAAGCAAUGCCCUUAAUCAAGUGGUUCUGUGGGAUAAGAUCGUUCUGAGAGGAGAGAGCACAAAGCUGUCUUUGAGAGACAUGAAAUCAAAAUACUUCUUUUUCGAUGACGGCAAUGGCCUUCGGGCAAAUAAAAACAUCACUUUGACGUUAUCCUGGAAUGUCGUGCCAAACGCCGGGAUUCUACCUCUUGUCACGGGCUCAGGACACAAGUCAAUUCCAUUUCCAGAUUCUUAUGAAACCACCAAGAGCUAUUAAAAUGUUUGUAAAUGAUGUGCAAUGGUUUAUGGGUUUUAAUAAAAGUUCACAAUGUGAAGCCAUUGUAUUGAAUGUUUUUUUUAAGCAUUUUAAUUAAAGACAUUUGGGAACAUA